AUGGAGUACGGCCGUCUCGUAGUGCUCGGCUACAGCAGCUACCGCGUCGAUAGGGUCCAACGUCCAGACGGUAACAGCAGCAGCAGCAGCAGUCGAGAGCGGCCCCUGCCGUCGUUCGGACUCGGCGACGCCGCGUCGUCGGGUGGCACGACGCGCCCCAAGCAGUCUCUCGGACAGCUCUGGAAGCCGCUGGGCAGUCCGAACGCGCACUUUGCGCUGCGGCAGCGCGCGCGGCCGAACGGUGUGCGUCUGCACCGCUUCCACCACAUUGUACCAGUGCGCGCGCGCCACGCGACGGCCGCCGACCUCAAGAGCGCCACAACGCGUAUGAUGCAGCGCAUUGGGGCGACGCAACGAGCCGAUGCCGCGCGUGUGAACGAGACGGACGAGACGGAAGAAGGGACAGCGAUGGACGAAGGGACGAAGACGGCUGUGGAUCGUGCGGCCGUGUACCAGAUGUGCGUUCCGAUGAACGACACGGACGCGUUCGCGAGCAUCACAGAGUUCCGUGCGGACGCGAGCGUCGACAUGUUCCAGAUUGGCCGCAUGCCCUGUGGUCAGAACGACUUUGUGAUCCCCGGGCCGCGCGUGGGAGCGUCGGGGACUAUUUCGAGGUACGCCGCGAGGAUUGUGUGCUCCCGGGAGCCGCCGUUUGAGUGCCGCAUCUUUGCGGGUGGCUUUGACGCUGCGCGACGCAUGAGCACGGCAGGUCAUGCACUGAAGUAUUGUGCCCGGUGCAGGACGUGGUGCAAACGUGUGAGCAUCGACCACACGUGUGUGGUGCAGACGUUGAUUGCGAACGGGAGAGGAGACGAUGCGAGGGACGAGACGGACGAUCGCUGCUGCACGGAAAAGCGUCACGACCGCGUGACCAGUGGUGGUGUGAGACACUAUAUUGAGGAGACGAAGAAAGACGGACGGCUGGAGCACUUUGAGCUAGAUGUACAGGACGCGAGCGAGCUGCCGCUCGAUGGGCUUACGAAAAAUGGAGUGCGCGUGUGGCUUCCUGAACAGAAGCAGUGGCUCGAGGUAUCUGUGAAUGGCAGUUUGUUUGCGAUUGAAUCGCGUGCGGUGGACGAGAAAGUGUCGUCGUUGAUUCGACCGAAUGCAAAUGGCGUCGAUCGCCGUCGCUAUCACGACGCACUGCGAUCGCGCAGCGGUGCAUUUAAUCGUCCGACAGGCGAUGCGAAAUGUCUGCCGCCGAUGUUGACAGACGGUGCUAUCAUUGACCUGGGCGGCGUCCAGGUUCAGUUUCAGACAAGCUAUCGCUCGGAGCUUGAAGCUGAAGCAGAGAAUAGUGAGCUCUUGGAGGCGCCAGUGGUCUACAGUCGCUCGACGCUGUCUUCGAUCAGUACGCAGCUCGAGCAGCUUAACGUUCAGUGUCCUGUUCAACUGCACUCGCUACGGUUCGCCCGUGCGGAUUCUGGCGAAGAGGUUCCGCUAGACGAGAUUCCUCACGUGUUUCCAGCGUGUGGACAUGUGUUUGGAUUUGAAAAGCGCAUUGCCAGCUCGCACACGUGUCCGCUGUGUAGGACACCAGGAUCGCUUGUGCAGUUGCUGCUGAAAGAGAAUUCUCAGCUGCAGUCCGCAGAAGAGCAGCAUGCAAUUCCUGAGUGUGUAUUCAACCCGUGCGGUCACGCUAUUAGUAGCAAGCUCGCACGCCAUUACUCAGGGCUGGUAAUGCCAAACGGCCGGGCAAUCUGCCCCUUCUGCGCAGUGCAUCUCGAUCUGUGCGUGCCAUUCUCGAGGCUUUACCUGUAUUGCGACUCGAACUGA